GCGCCACGACAGCUACACGUGUUGUUUUCAUGGACGACUGAGGUCCCUGAGUAGACGGAGACUAUUUUUUUCUGUUUGAAUCCGGUGUAAAGCCACAGCAACAACCAUGGGAAAGAAACUUAAAGUUGGAAAAACCAGAAAAGAUAAAUUCUACCACCUGGCCAAAGAAACAGGUUAUCGUUCACGUUCCUCCUUCAAACUCAUCCAGCUCAACCGUAAGUUCCAGUUUCUGCAGAAAGCCAGAGCUGUGGUGGAUCUGUGCGCUGCUCCUGGAGGAUGGUUGCAGGUGGCGUCCAAGUUUAUGCCUGUUUCAAGUCUUAUUAUUGGUGUCGAUCUGGUUCCCAUCAAACCAAUCCCCAACGUUGUGACGCUGCAAGAAGACAUCACCACUGAGAAAUGCCGACAGGCUCUCCGAAAGGAGCUUCAAACGUGGAAGGUGGACGUUGUGUUAAAUGACGGAGCUCCAAAUGUGGGAGCCAACUGGCAACAUGACGCCUUUUCACAAGCUCAUCUGACCCUCAUGGCUCUGAAGUUGGCCUGUGAGUUUCUGACCAAAGGCGGCGCUUUCAUCACCAAGGUUUUCCGCUCCAAAGACUACCAGCCGCUCCUCUGGAUCUUCCAGCAGUUCUUCAAGAAGGUGCAGGCCACAAAGCCACAGGCGUCGAGGAACGAGUCCGCUGAGAUCUUCGUCAUCUGUCAGGGUUUUGUCGCCCCAGACAAAAUCGACAGUAAGUUCUUUGACCCUAAACAUGCGUUCAAAGAGGUGGAGGUGCAGGCCAAGACGGUCAGGGACCUGAUUCCUGACAAGAAACCUAAGGCGGAGGGAUACAGCGAUGGUGAUCUGACGCUCUUCCACAGUUUAACGCUAACAGCUUUUCUGAAAGCCGACAACCCUGUGGACUUUCUGGGAAAAGCCAGUGAGAUCACCUUCGACAAUCCAGACCUGGAGUCUCACCCGGCCACCUCUAAAGAAAUAAAAGAGUGUUGUCGUGACAUCAAAGUCCUCGGCCGCAAAGAACUCCGGUUGCUGCUGAGCUGGAGGUCCAAGCUGAGGAGAUACCUGACUAAGAAACUGAAGGAUGAGGCCAAACAGCUCGACCAGAGCAUCAGUUUAAGCUCUGAUGAAGAAGAGAGUGAUUCUGAGGAAAAACCAGGCAAGAAGAAGAAAGAGGAGGAGGGAGAUGAUGAUGAUGAGGAGGAGGAGGAUGAUGAGGAGGCAGAAAUGGAGAAAAAAAUGGCAGAGCUGAAAGCUGAGGAGGUGGCGGAGCUCAAACGGAAGAAGAAGAAGCUGCUGAAGGAGCGGAGGAAGCAGAGGGAGAGGGUGGAGCUGAAGAUGGACCUGCCGGGCGUCUCCAUAGCGAGCACCGACGACGCCUCCCUGUUCUCGCUCAUGACCGUCAAGAAGCAAAAGGCGCUGACUGAUAUUUCGAAGGGCGACAUGCAGGCAGCGGACUCUCUGGUGGAGGGAGAGGACUACCUUCACCUCUCUGACGAAGAGGACGAUGAGGACGAUGAGGCGGAUGAAAUGUCGCUGGCUUCGGAUUUAGACGACGACGAUUUGGAAGAAGUGGAACAGAGACAGAAAGCGCUGGAAAAGAAAGCACCGAAGAAGAAAGUGAAAUUCACAGACGAAGACGAGGACGACGGAGGGCAGGAGAGCGGUUUGCUGGUGGAGCUGGAGGGAAAGGACGAGAAAAUGGAGCGAGAGACCAACCUGUGGUUCAGCAAGGGCAUCUUCUCUGAGAUCGACCUGGAAGACGAUGCAGAGAGCGAGCUCAGGCAGACCGAGUGGCUCCAGAGCAAACAGUCAGGAAAAGGUAAAAAGAGGAAAACUGAGGAGGAAGUAGAAGAGGAGGCACAAGCUGCUCCGCCGGAGGAGGAAAAGCCGGGACCUUCGCAGGAAGCCGUGGAGGAGAGCGACAGCGACUCAGACGACAGCAGUGAUGAUGAAAAGGAGAUUACCAGGAUGAAGCAUGCCAGCGGGGCUGCUGGGACGUCUGGAGACGCCGACGAUGACGACUUCCAGGUGGUUCCUGUCGAAAGCACCAGUAAGAAAGCGAGGAUCCUGGACGCAGAAGGUUUGGCUCUGGGCUGUCAGAUCGCUACGUCCAAGAAGAGGGCAAGAGACCUGGUGGACAGCUCCUUCCACAGGUUUGCCAACUCUGACGAGCCGUGGGAGGUACCGGAGUGGUUCCUCAACGACGAACGCAAGCACCGGAAGAAGCCGGUGCCGGUCACCAAGGACAUGGUGGAGGAGUACAAACAGAAAUGGAGAGAGAUCGAUGCCCGACCCAUCAAACGUGUCGCUGAGGCCAAAGCCAGGAAGAAGAGGAGGAUGCUGAAGAAGAUGGAGCAGGCCAAGAAGAAAGCGGAGGCUGUUGUCAACACGGUGGACAUCUCCGAGAGGGAGAAGAUGGCUCAGCUCAAGAGCAUCUACAAGAAAGCUGGUUUGGGGAAGGAAAAGAGAGAAGUAACGUACGUUGUUACCAAAAAGGGAGCCGGCAAGAAGGUGAGACGGCCUCCCGGAGUGAAGGGAGUCUUCAAAGUGGUGGACGGUCGCAUGAAGAAAGACAUGCGGGGAAUGCAGAGGAAAGAGCAGCACGCUAAAGGCGGCAAAGGAAAAGGAAGACACGCUAAGGGUGGCAAAGGAGGAGCCAAGGGCGGUAAAGGGCGGAAAGGAAAAUAAACCAGUAACCCUUUGACAGUCCUGCCUUUAUGUCUGUAUUUAACUGUGUGGCCUCAAGCUGCAGGUGAGAACUUAUGGAGCUUGGAGAGCCUCAGUUUGGGCUCCUGUGUCGUGGAAAAAAUGGACAUUAUUAGCAACUGUGGCAGAAGUUCCUGUAAGCCCUGGAGACUUCAGACACUCUGCAGGGUGUUUUGUGUACAUCUUUCUCAAGGUGUAGAUUGUUUUUGCCUUGAACGGAGUGAUUUCACUCAACAGCCAAACUGCAAAUUGCAGUUAAUCAAGUUCAAUAUCAAUAAAUAUGUUCCUUAAAUUUUUUGUAAAUAUUAAAUACACAUCUUUUCAAUAAAAUGUUUUGUUGAAGUUAA